AUGCUUGCCGCCAGCGUGGAGAUUGGAAAUCAGCACGAUGUAAGUUCUAAGUUGGCGAAUCUGGUCGAGAAAUGUGACGCUUCGUUUCCUGCUAUAGUCUGGGCACUGGAUGAGCAAGACUGGUCCCAGAAAAAUCAACCUCACCAGAAAGCUUUUUUCAAGAGUCGAAAUCUAAUGGAAAGUAUUGAGCGUGCUCUCGAAAAAUAUGACAUGAAUGCUGCAGUCAGGGCUCCCAGUUCUAUUUCGCGACUAUCAUUAAAUUUGGACGGAAAGCUACUUGUGCUGGAAGAAUUGAUCAAUGCCAAGAGUGCAAGACUAGAUGACUUCAAUGCCGUUUUGGGGGCUUGCGGGAAGCAGGGCUGGUCGGCUGAUGCCAAGACCGUUUUGAAUAAGAUGUUUGUGUAUGCUGAGUCUUUUCCACACUGUGCACCAACGGCGUGGAGCUUCAACGCCUUGCUAAACUCUUGUGCAGCUCAAGGUGAUGUGCAUGAACUUGAGUCAAUUUUAAAAGACAUGAUUAAUAACGAAUUGCAGCCUGACCAAGUGACUAUGAAUACCUUACUGAAGGCUUUCAUCAAAAACCUACGAAAAUAUAACAACGGCAACAACAAGAAGCGAUUUCGCACAGUGGUACACGCGCUUUCAUUUUUCAAAUGGUGCACUGAAGAUCUAAAGCUAGAUCCCGAUGCAGCGACGUUCUACUCAUUGUUUCGCCUGUUUUCUACGUACUUGGAGACUUUCGAUGAUAGCAGCGUCGCUGUUGUAUAUGAGACAGAGACUCAAAUGUUUGAUGACUUCGAGGAGAACGAAGAAGGUGAUAUGGUGAGUCAAGACAGAGAGUUGAUGGUGUGGAUGAGUGAUCUAAUUGCCACCACCUGUCGUGACGCGCCUGCCGCAGCUCUGGAUAUUGGAGUGUUCAAUAACGCAUUUGAUUAUUAUCGGAAACUUGGUGAUGUGGAUCAAACGUUUGCACUGUAUAAUAUAAUGAGGAAGCGCGAAAUUCAGCCCAAUGAUUUAACACUCGGUUUACUCUUUGCUACUUGUGCAAUUCAGCAGCAGUUUGAAAAAGGUCUGAAGUUCUUAGACCACUUAAUGACUAGUGAUGGCUACAUGCCUUCGCUAAAGGCUCUUACUGGAGCUAUGCAACUCUAUGCGAAUGCCAGAAAUCCUGAUGGGGCGCUUGGGAUUAUUAGAGCUAUGGAGACGUCAAAAGCAUUUACUCUAACAACUGAAACAUACGAGCCUGUAGUAUUUGCAUACGCUCGCGUUGGAAAUGUGAUUAGUGCCUGGGAGAUUGCAGAGGAGAUUCAAGAAAAGUUUGGCAGAGUUUCCAUAAAUAUUUACAACCGGGUUUUGCUGGCGUGUGCAGAAGCUGCUUUGCCUGGUCGCGCCCUUGAUGUCUUGAGUCUAAUUCGGAGCGAGGAAAAUGUAACACUUGAUAUUAUUUCCUUUAAUACUACACUCGACGCAUUUGUCAGAGCCGGAAUGCGGGCUGCUUGGUCGAGAAAAACUCACAAAUACACCUUAGAAUCAGACGAACAAGCAAAUUAUGCUGAACACAAGAGGGUUGACAAUCGUAACGGUUAUGAGCAUGAAAUGGAUGGUGAAUAUCAGAGAGGACGCAUGGUGAACUCUGAUAAUUCUGACCAAACCAUCGAAAUCGAAGGUAAAGAGCUGGAAGCAACACUUUUACGGAAAGACGAGCUCAAUCAGCGUAUGAAAGCCGCAUGGGUCCGUGCUAGCGUGAUUGGUUUGCUCGAGGAGAUGCAGGAAAUUCGCGUGAAGCCUGAUUUGACUUCGUACGAGCAUGCAAUUGCAGCAUGCAACGUGAAUAAGGACUUUGAAGGCGUCAUUGCCAUAUUUGAUAGACUGAUUCGUCGUAAGCGGUGCAAUGACGUAAUUGAUCUGAAGAGUAAGCUUGUGAGUGAAUCGAGCUUAGCAGCUUAUAUUUCGGCUUGCACAGCAACGCGAGACAAGAAUCGCAUAGUAGAAGCACCCACUCUUCUUCACAAAUGGCAUCUUGCAACGGGCAAUAUUCCGCCAGAAUUUGUCGUUACACAGCUGUUGAAGUCUCUAGAGACUUUGGGCGAAUGGCGCUGUGCUGUACGAAUGCUUCCUGAUUGGCAAGUACUUUUUGGUAUUCCACCCGGAGUUGCCGUUUUUAAUAAAGUGAUGGAAAUGUGCAAUAACGCAGAAAAACACGAGCUGGUCGCUCCAAUCUUCAUUACAAUGCAAGGUCUCGCUGUCUAUCGCAUUAUUCCCGACGUAGACAGCUACAUUGAACGCAUUUACGCUGAGGAACAACGAGAAAAUUGGGUGAUAGCCACCGAUUUGUUUGUGGAAAUGCAACAAAGAUUCUCAACCGAAGAAAUAUCGCAUUAUCAGCUUCGAAAACUAAAUUUGGGCCGCUAUAGUUUAAGACAAAAGGAGCAUUAA